AUGCCUGUAGAUUGGAAACCAACAGUUGGGUGUGGACUCAUGCGUUUGGUGGUCAGGAUUGAAAUCAUCCACAGAUUCUUAGAAGCAAAUGGCUCAAGGCAACUCAUAUUCUAUUACCAGGAACCAACUGUAGAGAAAACCACAGAUAAUCUUCGUCUUGGAGUGCCACUGAAUCGAGUGAAUCGUCCAACAAAGGCCAAAAUAUUUGUCACUGAUGGUAAAGAGUUGUCUUUGAGAGGAACAGGUUUACUAUUCAUAAAAGUCGACACCUGUAAUGAUCUCACCGAAGCUAAUAUUGCUAAGGAAGUUAAUUAUAUGCAGUUACAUGCCAGUGGUUCCAGUGAAAGCAGCAACACCGUCUUGAAUUCCUUAGAAGCGUUGUUAACCAAUAUUUUCAUCCCAGCAGCUUGUAACCAUCAAAAUGGCUGGGGUGAGCUGGACACACAACAGCAAGGACAAAAAUUACAGAAUAACUUUUAUAAUUCAAUGUCUUCCUUUGUUUCAGUAUUGUCAGGUGCCCAAGAUAGUCUUGGAGAAAAGGUGACAUUGCAACAUUUCAAACCAAUGAGCAGUUUGCAAACAUUCACAGCUUCUGGGUAUGUGGCUAUUGCAAAUAGUGGUGAAGCAUUGGAAGAAAUUGAAAACAUCAUUAAAAUUUGGAUAAAGCAAGUUGAACAGGUACUUGCAGAAAGUGAACAAAUGCGGAGGGAAGCCGAUGAUAUUGGUCCACGGGCUGAACUGGAGCACUGGAAACGACGCAUGUCUAAAUUCAAUUAUUUGUUAGAUCAGAUCAAAGGUGAAGAAGUGCGAACUGUUCUAUGUAUACUCCAAGUGGCCAAAUCAAAAUUCUUAAAGAUUUGGCAGGAACUUGAUCGUAAAAUCACAGAUGCUGCCAAUGAAGCUCGGGACAAUGUUAAAUUUUUAUAUACUUUAGAGAAAUUCUGUGACCCUCUGUACAAUAGCAAUCCAGUUGGUAUGCUGGCUGGAAUUGCAGGUCUAAUCAAUGGCAUCCGCAUGAUACAUAGCAUUUCUCGCUAUUACAACACAUCAGAGAGAAUGACAUCUCUUUUUGUAAAAGUAACCAAUCAAAUGAUAACUGCUUCUAAAGCAUACAUUACCUGCGAUGGAAGUGAGACGGUAUGGACGCAGCCCACUGAUUUAUUGAUGAAGAAACUACACGAUUGUAUCAUGCUUAAUGAUACUUACCAAAAAUGUUUCCAACAGACCAAAGAAAAGCUGGAGAAACUGCCACACGAGAGACAGUUUGACUUCUCGGGGAUGUACAUAUUUGGGAAAUUUGACACAUUCGUAAGGAGGCUUAGAAAAAUUAUCGAAAUGUUUGAAACCAUUGAACGUUAUUCUAAUCUGUCGACAUCUAAAAUUGAAGGUCUGGAAAGCAUGUCUAAGAAUUUCCAAAGUAUUGUCUCUUGUCUUCAAAAUAAAACUUAUAAUUGUUUGGAUCAAAGAAAGACCGAAUAUGAUCAAGACUUUGAAGAUUUCAAAAGAAAAAUACAAGAACUCCAUAUGUCUGUUGCUGAUUUCAUGGAAAAGAGAUUUGAAAGCCACAACAGUUCUCAAUUGGCUUUGCAAAUGUUGCAGAAAUUUGAACAACUAAAACUCCCUAAUUUAGGUAUCCAAGAGAAAUAUCAGCAAAUAUUACUACACUAUGUAAAAGAUAUUGAAAUGGUUUCACGGCUUUAUCAAAAGUACAAAAAUAAUCCACCAGUUACCAGAGAUUAUCCUCUAUUUGCAGGAAAAAUGUCUUGGGCUAGGCAGCUUUUCUCUCAUCUACAAGAGCCCAUGGAAGAUUUCAAGCAACAUAGUGCUAUUUUGCAAUGUGAAGAGUCUAAAGCUAUUAUUGUGAAAUACAACAGAAUGGCCAAAGUUUUACUUGAAUUUGAAAUUCUUUACUAUAGAGAAUGGCUACAUCAGGUGGAAUCUGUAAAGGAGAAGCUCCAGUCUCCUUUGUUGGUACGCCAUCCUAAAACUAAGGAAUUAUUUGUAAAUUUUGAUUCCAACAUUAUGAUGAUGAUCAGGGAAACAGAAUGUAUGGCUCGCCUUGGAUACAUAAUUCCACCUUUUGCUUGUAUUCUGCGAUCCAGGCAAGAAGAAUAUAAGAGAAUAUGUAACGGUUUAGAACUCAUGCUAAAGGAGAACAACAACAUCCGAAGCAAAUUUCCAAGUGUUCUUGAACCUUUAAUGCAAGCACAUUUAGCAAGAGUCGACAAAGCUAUAGAACCAGGAUUGACAACACUCACAUGGACAGCCAUCGGUAUAAACGAAUACUUAGAAAACGUUGAGCAUGCUUUGAAGUUGUUUACGUUGCUUUUGGACAGAGUAACUGAUAUCUGUGAGUUUAGAAUCGAAGCUAAUUUACUUGAUAUAAGUCAAGUCAAGCUUUGUGAACUGCCAGAAGUUGAACCAUGGUCUGUGAAAUAUUUCAUGGAAAAAACACAGUUUUUAUGUGCACAAGGGGCCCAAAAUUUGAGCCACAAAAGCCAGAACCUUGAAAAUGCUGUCAAUGAGUUGAUUACCGUUUUAUGUGAUAAACCCCAGGAGGAUGAAUAUGGGGAAGAAAGCACCAACACUGAAACAGAUGCAGAUUCUCCUUCCCCAAUGAUCCCAAGCAAUUUGCAAGUAUUCCAAAGAAGCAGUUCCCAAAGGAAGAAAGCAUUGCAGUUACCGUCAUCAGAGACUGAAGUUAAUGCCAAACAGAAACAAACAUGUCAAAAUCUGGAAGAAAUCCAAGAAUUAAAAAGCCAUUAUAAUCACCGCAAUAUAGAUGCUUUGGUCAAGGUGACUCGGAACACCCUAGAGGCCAUUAGGAAGAGAAUCACAUCAAGCAAUUCAAUUAUGCAUUAUAUUGAAUCACAGAAAUAUGCUGAGGGUGCUAAAAAGAAUUCCCGUCCAUUUUUCCACGCCGAUGCUAUUUUAACCAUUCCCAGUAUUACUGUCCAACCAGCCCUUGAUGAAAUACAACAAGUCAUCAACAGAGCUGUUCAUAUGAUUGUUGGCGUGCACAAACAUGUUGCCCACUGGUCGAAACAGCCACCCAAAUUUAUGAAGGUCAAGGUGAAAAGUGGAACUAAUAUCGUUGGUCCAUUUUUAACAACUUCCGCAACAGAAGCAGCAGCAAUGUCAAGUGUGUCUUUUGCUAUGGAAAGCCAAGAAAGACUAACAAGUCUGAGUACUAAUGAUUUAUCAGAGAGUGUGCACAGUGACCCAUUCACAAAGAGCAGUCACAGUCGAGUUGAUCUUGAUAACUCCACAGAGAUUUCCAGCGUACAGCCUUUGUCCAAAAGUUAUUACAAAUGUAUAUCGGAGAAUAAAGACAUUGCAAAACUGGUCUCCUUACUGUCAACGUCCAUAAACUCAACGAAAAAGGAAGUAGCAAAUUCUUUGGAAGAAUUCUCCCAUUAUCACAUACUUUGGGAUGUUGAUCGAAAUAAAAGCUUAGAAAGAUUUCUUCAAGAAGACCCAAGUCUCUCUGACUUUGAAUCAAAUAUUAUUUACUAUGAACAACUUGAGAACAAAAUCUACCAAGAACCUGAAUAUUUUGAUGUGGGAUCAAUUGCAAUAUAUACAGAAAAACUUCGAUUUGGACUUCUUACGGAAACUACAACAUGGCGGCAACAUUACGGCAAGGCCUGCAACAACAAAUACAGAACUGAUAUGGAAGAAAACUUUACUUUUAUUGCGGAUCUUAGCAAGAGACUAAAUCGACCAAUAAUAGACCUGGAUGAUGUAAGACAUGCCAUGGCAGCAUUGAAAGAAAUCAGGGAAAAUGAGAUAAGAAUUGAAAUGAGUAUUGGCCCAAUUGAGACUACAGUACGAAGAGAAGAAACAGACCCUUGUGAUACCCUACGUUAUUCUUGGGAAAAACUUCAAGCCCAAGCUUCAGAAGUUGGGAGUCAUCUGUUGACCAUUCAACCAGAGUUCCGUCAUGAACUCAUCACAAAUGUCAAUAUUUUCCACAACAACUGUACAGAAUUCUAUGAUGAAUAUGCACAGUCUGGACCAAUGGUGGCAGGAAUUGAUCCUAGAGACGCCGCUGAUCGACUAGUAAUUUUUCAGAACCAUUUUGAUAACUUGUACCGUAAGUAUAUAACUUACACAAGAGGUGAAGAACUAUUUGGUCUUCCAGUCACCCAGUGUCCAGAACUGCUGCAAAUCAACAAAGAAUUGAAACUUCUUCAAAAGCUUUAUGGGCUCUAUAGUAACGUCAUUGAUACAGUAACUGGUUAUCAAGAUAUCCCAUGGGGUGAUGUCAACAUCGAAAAGAUUAAUGCAGAACUGCUGGAGUUGCAAAAUAGAUGUCGCAAACUGCCUCGUGCUCUGAAGGAUUGGCAAGCUUUUAAAGACCUAAAGCAAAAAAUUGAUGAUUUUAAUGAAAUCAUUCCCUUACUUCAACUGAUGAGUAACCAAGCUAUGAAAGACCGUCACUGGAAGAGACUAACAACAGUAACAGGCUAUCAGUUUGAAAUGAAGGACGAUAAUUUAUUGCUUAAAAACAUACUAGAAGCUCCUCUCCUCAAGUAUAAGGAAGAAAUUGAAGAUAUUUGCAUUUCAGCUGAAAAAGAAAAAGAUAUUGAAGCGAAACUGAAACAAGUGAUGAUAGACUGGGAUAUGAAAGAGUUUACCUUUGGUAAUUUCAAGAACAGAGGAGAACAGCUAUUACGAGGUGAUGCAACGAGUGAAAUUGUUGUUCUCAUAGAAGACUCUUUGAUGAUUCUUAGCUCUCUUAUGAAUAACAGGUUCAAUGCACCCUUCAAAAGAGAGAUACAACAAUGGGUUCAAAAUCUGUCAAACUCGUCUGAAAUAAUUGAUAACUGGUUGACUGUACAAAAUCUUUGGGUCUACCUUGAAGCUGUCUUUGUUGGGGGAGAUAUUGCAAAACAACUUCCAAAGGAAGCAAAGCGGUUUUCUAACAUUGACAAAUCCUGGGUCAAGAUAAUGAACCGAGCCCAUGAAAUUCCCAAUGUCGUUCGUUGCUGUGUUGGUGAUGACACUCUAAUUCAGUUGCUGCCACAUUUGUUGGAGCAACUUGAAUUAUGUCAGAAAUCCUUGACUGGUUAUUUAGAGAAGAAGAGGCUGCUUUUCCCUCGCUUUUUCUUUGUGUCUGAUCCGGCCUUAUUGGAAAUUCUUGGUCAAGCCAGUGACUGCCACACCAUCCAGGCUCACCUUCUCAGUGUCUUCGAUAACAUAAAGCUGGUGAAAUUUCAUGAAAAGCAAUAUGAAACAAUACUAUCUGUGGAAUCAGGUGAAGGAGAAUGUAUGGAAUUAGACAAACCAGUAAAAGCUGAAGGAAAUGUAGAAGUUUGGCUCAUGUCAUUAAUGAAAAUGGCGCAAAAGUCUCUCCAUGGAAUCAUAAGGAAAGCUGCAAAUGCAAUAGAAGAAUCAAAUUUUAAACUAUUGGAGUUUCUCAAUUCAUUUCCAGCACAAGUUGGAAUACUUGGGAUACAGUUAUUAUGGACAAGAGAUGCAACAAAUGCAUUGACCGAUGCACGUAGUGACCGCAAGCGUAAACCAAUGCAGCAAGCAAACCAAUCAUUUUUGAAGCUCCUGAAUACCCUCAUCACCCAAACCACCGCGGAUCUGAACCAAAUAAACCGAACCAAGUAUGAGACCCUGAUCACGAUACAUGUCCACCAGAGAGAUAUUUUUGAUGAACUGUGUCAUACAAAUGUAAGAAGUCCAACAGAUUUUGAAUGGUUAAAACAGUCACGCUUUUACUUCAUAGAAGACCAAGACAAAUGUGUAGUAUCAAUCACAAAUGUCAACUUCACUUAUCAGAAUGAAUUCCUUGGCUGCACAGAACGACUAGUCAUAACUCCACUGACUGACAGAUGCUACAUCACAUUGGCUCAGGCUCUUGGCAUGUCAAUGGGUGGAGCUCCUGCAGGACCUGCUGGCACUGGAAAGACAGAAACAACAAAAGACAUGGGAAGAUGUUUAGGAAAAUAUGUUGUUGUUUUCAACUGCUCUGACCAGAUGGACUUUCGUGGGCUAGGACGCAUCUAUAAAGGUUUGGCUCAGUCUGGCACAUGGGGUUGUUUUGAUGAAUUUAAUCGAAUCGAUUUGCCAGUGUUGUCAGUGGCUGCACAACAAAUUGCAAUAGUUCUCACGUGUAAAAAGGAGCGGAAAAACCAAUUUGUGUUCACAGAUGGAGAUGUCAUACAGAUGAACCCAGAGUUUGGUAUUUUUCUCACGAUGAAUCCAGGCUAUGCUGGACGACAAGAAUUACCUGAAAACUUAAAGAUUAACUUUAGAACUGUUGCCAUGAUGGUUCCAGACCGGCAGAUUAUUAUUCGUGUAAAGUUAGCCAGUGCUGGUUUCAUAAAUAAUAUUAAUUUGGCAUGUAAGUUCUUCACGUUAUAUAAGCUGUGCGAAGAACAGCUUACUAAACAGGUUCAUUAUGAUUUUGGAUUACGGAACAUUUUAUCUGUACUCCGCACACUUGGAGCAAAGAAAAGAGCCUCACCUGAAGAGACAGAACAUACGAUUGUGAUGAGUGUUCUUAGAGAUAUGAACCUGUCAAAGCUGGUGGACCAAGAUGAACCUCUGUUUUUAUCACUUAUAAACGAUCUUUUUCCUGGAAUAAUUCUUAGUAAACAGAAAUAUGCAAUGUUGGAAAAUGCUAUUGACAAGCAUAUUAAUGAAAGCCGUCUUGUUCAACAUCCUUCAUGGAUUCUGAAAGUUAUCCAGUUGUAUGAGACACAACUAGUACGACAUGGAAUGAUGACUUUAGGCCCAAGUGGCUCAGGGAAGACAUGUUGUAUUCAUACACUAAUGAAAGCAAUGACAGAAUGUGGACAAGUGCAUAAAGAAAUGAGGAUGAAUCCUAAAGCCAUUACUUCAGCACAGAUGUUUGGCAAACUUGAUGUAGCAACUAAUGACUGGACUGAUGGGAUAUUUUCAACUCUUUGGAGAAGGACCCUGAAAGCAAAGAAAGGGGAACACAUUUGGAUUGUUUUGGAUGGACCUGUAGAUGCUAUUUGGAUAGAGAACCUUAACUCGGUACUAGAUGACAACCGGACAUUAACAUUGGCAAAUGGAGAUCGUAUAUCAAUGGCACCGAAUACAAAGAUCAUAUUUGAACCACAUAAUAUUGAUAAUGCUUCUCCAGCCACUGUGUCCCGUAAUGGCAUGGUUUAUAUGAGUAGCUCAGGACUGAAUUGGAAGCCCAUUCUUCAGGGAUGGCUAAAUCACAGACCUUUGCAAGAAGCUACGAUAAUUAUGAAUCUUUUUGAAGAAAGUUUCCCCGUAGUGUUUAACUAUUCUAUUCAGAAUUUUGUUUUCAAAAUGGACAUUUUGGAAGUUUUUAUCAUAUCUCAGGCAACGAAACUUCUCUCUGGUCUUAUUCCUGCCAAAGACGAAAAAGACCCCCAAAUAAAAGAACAUUAUGCUCAUCUUUAUAUAUUUACUUUGUUGUGGAGCAUCGGUGCUUUCUUGGAGUUGGACGAUCGAGUUAAACUGGAACAAUUUCUACGUACAUUACCAAAUGUCAGCAGUUAUUUACCUAAGAUUGAUGAAAGUUCUGAGUCAACAAUUUUUGAUUAUAUGGUAGCUGCUGACGGUUCAUGGGUACAUUGGAAUAACCUCGUUAAAGAAUAUCAUUAUCCCAAACACGAGACACCUGAGUAUGCAUCAAUUUUAGUACCAAUGGUAGACAAUGUGAGAACAGAUUACCUGUUAAGUACCAUUGCCAAACAGGGCAAAGCAGUUAUGUUGAUUGGUGAACAAGGAACUGCGAAAACAGUUAUGAUAAAUGCAUUUCUAAGAAAAUACAAUCCUGAACAUCACGUCGCUAAAGCUUUAAACUUUUCUUCAGCAACAACGCCUCUCAUGUUCCAGAAAUCAAUAGAAAGCUAUGUGGAUAAACGAGUGGGUAACACCUAUGGACCCACGGCGGGGAAGAAGAUGAGUGUCUUCAUUGAUGACAUUAACAUGCCAGUGGUGAAUGAAUGGGGAGACCAAGUGGCCAAUGAAAUCGUGCGUCAACUCAUAGAAAUGAAUGGUUAUUAUAGUCUAGAGAAGCCUGGUGACUUUAUAAACAUUACAGAUAUACAGUUCUUGGCAUCUAUGAUACAUCCUGGUGGAGGCAGGAAUGACAUUCCACAGCGCCUAAAGAGGCAUUUUGCAAUUUUUAAUUGCACUUUACCAUCUAAUACAUCAAUAGACAAAAUCUUCUCAACAAUUGGUUUGGGUCAUUACUGCAAAGAAAGAGGUUUUGCAGCAGAUAUCAUAGAAAUGGUUCAAAAACUUAUUCCUCUUACAAGACGAUUAUGGCAGCUAACAAAGGUAAAAAUGCUACCAACACCUGCAAAAUUUCAUUACAUUUUUAACUUGAGAGACUUGUCCAGAAUCUGGCAGGGAAUGAUCAAUGUUGAGUCAUCUGUCAUCAAUUCUACCAAAUUAUUGCUUGGUUUAUGGAAACACGAAUGUAGUCGUGUUAUCUCUGACAGGUUUGUGUUACCUGCUGAUAUUAAGUGGUACGAGAAAACAACGGAGCGUGUUGUUUUGGAGGACCUUGGACAUGAAUACCGUGAACAAAUCCAGAAGACUCACUAUUUUACAGAUUUCCUCAGAGAUCCACCGGAACCUUCAGGAGAAGAACCUGAUGAUGAAGACUUUGAAAUGCCUAAAGUUUAUGAACCUAUUGAAUCAUUUGAUCAACUCCGAGAAUGGCUUCAGAUUUAUUUAGAGCAAUACAACGAAACCAUUCGAGGAACAGGAAUGGAUUUGGUAUUUUUUGAAGAUGCUAUGAUCCACUUGAUGAAAAUAUCACGAAUAAUUCGUACAGCAAGGGGGAAUGCUUUGCUCGUGGGUGUUGGUGGAUCAGGGAAACAGUCUUUAACUCGACUUGCUUCUUAUAUUGCAGGUUAUCAAAUAUUUCAAAUUACAUUGUCAAGAUCUUACAAUGUUAUCAACCUAUUAGAAGACCUGAAACACCUCUAUCGAGUAGCAGGGCUUUAUGGAAAAGGAAUUACUUUCCUAUUUACUGAUCAAGAAAUUAAAGAUGAAGGUUUUUUGGAAUACCUUAACAAUGUGUUAUCUUCUGGCCUCGUCGAUGAACAGUUUCGUCUUCGUUCCUUGAAAUUUCCGGGUCUCAUCUCUGGUUGUACAAUUGAUUGGUUUCAACGCUGGCCAAAGGAUGCACUUGUGGCUGUUGCUAAUCACUUCAUUUCUAAUUUCGAAAUUGCAUGUACAGAUGAAGUAAAGAGAGAGCUCGUAUAUGCAAUGGGUUCCUUUCAGCAUGGUGUGUCUGAAUGCUGUACUGAAUAUUUCCAUAGGUACCGAAGAUCAACACAUGUAACACCAAAAUCUUACUUGUCGUUCAUAAAUGGAUACAAGACUAUUUAUACAGAAAAGAGAAAAGAACUUGGUGAAAUGGUUGAGAGGAUGAAUACAGGUUUGGAGAAGUUAAUAGAAGCCUCUCUCACAGUUGUUGACCUCAAGAAACAGCUGGUGGUGAAAGAGAAGGAGCUUACUGUGGCUACCGAGAAAGCUGAAAUGGUGUUAAAAGAAGUUACUGAGAAAGCAAAAGCCACCGAACAAAGUAAAAACAAGGUGCAGAAAGUUAAAGACAUUGCUCAACAAAUAGUAGAUAGCAUUGCUACUGAUAAAAACAUAGCCAUGGAAAAACUAGAAGCUGCUCGUCCAGCCCUGGAAGAGGCAGAGGCAGCUUUAAAUACGAUACAUCCAGCUGAUAUUGCUACUGUCAGAAAACUUGGCCGCCCACCACAUCUGAUUAUGCGGAUUAUGGAUUGUGUGCUGAUACUCUUCCGCAAGAAACUAGACCUGGUUGUGACUGAUUCAGAAAAACCAGGGUUCUUGAAACCGUCAUGGGGAGAAACAUUAAAAAUGAUGAGCGGUGCUGGUAUGCUGCAAAGUCUAAUGUCUUUUCCCAAAGAUUCCAUAAAUGACGAAAUGGUUGAACUAUUACAACCAUAUUUAAAAAUGGAAGAUUAUAAUUUAGAAGUGGCGAAAAAGGUAUGUGGAAAUGUUGCUGGAUUACUAUCUUGGACGAAAGCUAUGGCUUAUUUCUUUGAAAUUAACAAGGAAGUCCUACCUCUUAAGGACAAUCUGGCAGUGCAAGAGGCCAAACUUCAAUCGGCCAAUGCUGACCUCAUGAAAGCAGAAGACCAACUGAGCGUCCAAGUUGCUAAACUUAAUGCAGUCAAAAUUGACUAUGACCGAGCUAUGGUUGAGAAACAAACUUUAGUUGAUGACUACGACUCUUGUAAGUCUAAAAUGACAGCUGCUUCCGAGUUGAUUUCUGGUCUAGCCGGAGAAAAAGAACGAUGGACAGAGCAGAGUAAAGAAUUCAAUGAACAAAUUGGAAGACUUGUUGGAGACGUGUUAAUAUGUACGGCAUUUCUUUCCUAUGCUGGACCAUUCAAUCAAGAUUUCCGUUUAAUCCUUCACAACAAGUGGAUAAAGGAAUUGAAGACACGCAAAAUCCCUCACACGGCGAACCUGAAUGUUACAGAUAUGCUCACUAACCCAACUUUGAUUGGCGAAUGGAAUUUGCAAGGAUUACCAAAUGAUGAACUCUCCAUUCAGAAUGGAAUUAUUGUAACAAAAGCAGUAAGAUAUCCAUUAUUAAUUGAUCCACAAGGACAAGGUAAGAAAUGGAUAAAGCAGCAACAAGGUGAUAAAGACCUCCAGGUGACAUCACUUAACCACAAAUAUUUCCGACAACAUCUUGAAGACUGCAUGUCUCUUGGAAGACCGUUACUCAUUGAUGAUAUUGGAGAGGAACUUGAUCCAGCUUUGGAUAAUAUACUGGAGAAAAACUUCAUUAAAAUUGGUACUUCAUGCAAAGUUAAAGUUGGAGAUAAAGAGUGUAAUGUAAUGAAUGGCUUUACAUUGUACAUCACAACAAAGUUACCAAACCCUUCGUAUACACCAGAAAUCUCUGCUCGGACAUCUAUCAUUGAUUUCACAGUGACUGUGAAAGGCCUAGAAGAUCAGUUACUAGGCAGAGUCAUCCUUAUGGAAAAAGCUGAACUUGAAAGUGAACGAGUGAAGUUAAUGGAAGACAUCACAACAAACAAGAAGAAGAUGAAAGAGUUGGAAGACAACCUUCUCUAUAGACUGACCAGUACUCAGGGGUCAGAUGGAAUUUUUAAUUUACACAUUAUUGCAGAGCUGUCCUUCAGUUUCCUCAGCCCUGUAAAGGAGCUUGGAAGAUAUUCAAGUAACACAGCUCAGUCAAUUCUGGACACAAUUCUUAAUAUUCAACCAAAAGACAGCAGUAGUGGUAGCGGUGAAACUAGAGAAGCCAUUGUUUACAACAUAAGUAAUGAUAUGCUUGAAAGCCUUCCUGCUGACUAUGUUAUGUUCGACGUCAAAGCUCAGCUCCAAAAGGUUGGAGCCUUAGAACCAAUGAAUAUUUUCCUACGACAGGAAAUCGACCGGAUGCAACGAGUUAUCACUGCCGUCAGAAAUACAUUGCUAGACCUAAAACUGGCCAUUGAUGGAGCAAUAAUCAUGAAUGAACACCUGAGGCAUGCUUUAGAUGCCAUGUUUAAUGCAAGAAUACCAUCUUAUUGGCAAAAAAUUUCCUGGGAAUCAAGCAACCUUGGAUUUUGGUUUACUGAACUCAGUGAUCGAAAUACUCAAUUCCGUAGCUGGUGUUUUGAUGGAAGACCAGCUGCGUUCUGGAUGACUGGAUUUUUCAACCCUCAGGGAUUUUUAACAGCAAUGAGACAAGAAGUAACUCGGAAAUACAAGCACAAAGGAUGGGCCUUGGACGGUGUUUAUCUCCAGAAUGAUGUUACCACAAAACGGAAGGAGGAAACUCUAACUAUUCCCUCAGAAGGUGUUUACAUUUAUGGUUUGUAUUUAGAAGGAGCCGGAUGGGACCGGUCCAGUGGCAGACUCCAGGAGGCAAAACCCAAGAUUCUCUCCGAGCCAAUGCCAGUGAUACAUAUGUAUGCAGUAAAUCAGCCACGACCAGUUGAUAGCAAAACGUAUGUUUGCCCCAUUUACAAGAAACCCUGUCGUACUGAUUUGACAUAUGUGGCGAGUGUUACGCUUAAAGUGGAAAACAAUUCUGCGGAUAAGUGGGUGAAAAGAGGAGUUGCUUUACUUUGUGAUAUUAAGUGAAAGUACAUAAUGACGAUUCUGCAGACUUAUGUGUCAGAACAUAUGAGAAGGUGUUGGAAAGUUCCUGGCCUUAAGGCUAUCACGAAAGGCCUGGUCGGAGACCCAACCAUACCGAGUUCUUUUACAGGGUUUAGAAAAACUUAAGGACUGCUGCUAUAAGUGUGUGAAUCUGAGAGAGGAAUAUGCUGAAUGAAAUCAUAACUAACUGAUCCUUCUGUAUUUUUCUUUUAACCAAAGCCAUGAACUUUUCAGAACCUCCUCGCAUACUGUUUCUAAUUUAAGAUUUCUUUGCUUAAGCAGAACUACAUUUGAAUUAAAAUAGUCAUCUAUGCAUCAUAGUUAAUGUAAACACAUUAUUGAAAGGCAAAUUUACUAGCUUUCAAUGAUGUAUUUAAGUUAAAUGUGAUAUAUGGAUGACUAUUAAAAUUACAUUUUGUUUGAUAUUGUAGCAAACAGAUAUUAAAGAAAGAUUUUUGUCCAUAUUUAAUUAAAUUUUCCAAUAAAAAUUUAUGUCACAGAAUUUCUGUGGAGGUGGCUGAGACAGUAGAAGGUUGAACUGGAUGACUUG